UCAUGGUAGGCAAAAAGCUGCUGGUCGGCGAGGAGGGCGGGCUGAACCCUCCUCGCCCACCAGUUGCGCGCGGGAAACGCAAACAUGCCGACCAGUUGUUGUGCGCUGAAUUGUACUAACCGGAAGGAUAAAGGCAGUAGAAAGAAGUUUUUUAGAAUCCCUGCGGAACCAGGACGAAGGGCUGCAUGGCUUAGAGCCUUAAAAAGGUCAGAUUUUGAGCAGGGAAAGAAAAACCCGACCGCGGCGUGGACACCACGAGGCCACGAGAGAGUGUGCAGCGACCAUUUCAUCUCAGGGAACCCUUCUAAAGACCCUGCAGAUCCAGAUUACGUCCCAAGCUUGUUUAACCUCCCAACCUCAGCAAGUUGCAAUCGUUCAAGAAACCCAGUUGCCAAGAAAGAUCGGUAUAUGCGUGCAGCAAAAAGGCUGCGGGUGUCAUCAGAGAAUGAAGCCCCACCUACAUCACUAAAUGAUGAAGAAAUGAUCGCUGACCCUCCUCCUGAAAGUGUAGAGACUCUGAGAGACCCCCUUCCUGAAAGUGUAGAGACUCUGAGAGAACAGCUCACAGUUCUUCCAUGGCAUGAACACUGUCUCAUCCCAUCAGGAGAUGCACCUAUAUAUACAACAGUAAUGUUCAAAUUAGUGGCAAAGUUUCUGAUAUUUCAAACAUGAACAUAAUGUACUUACUUUUGAUACUUGCCAAAUGCUGCAAAUGGCACAUAUUCACUUGGUACGAAUACAGUGCAAUUGUUAAAACAAGUACAUGUAUUUCAUUGUUACAUCAACAAAAUCAUAAGUCAAUUAGACAUUGUGUAGUUGGUACUCAAUUACAUGUACUAUACUUCAUAAGUUUGAAGUAAGAGCCAAAAUUAGCUAUACCUAUGAAGGGAAAAUCCUUGUAGAGAAUGAGCCCCACUUCCUCCAAUUUCACAUCCUUGCAGAUGCACAAGGUAGCUUCCAGGUACUGUUGCCUUGCCUUCUCCUCCUGUUUCAUCCCCCAUUGUAUAGCUGGAACCUGAAAGUGAAAUUCCCUAUUUAGAAUUUCUGACAUAGAAAGCACAAAUGAAUUACAUCUCUAAUAUGACACUAUCUCGCAUUGACUGAACAUUUAGACUGUCACACUUUGCAGAAAUAUUUAGACUCCUGGUAUUGUUUAAAUCCAAAUAAAGAUCAGAGCUACACUUGCUCUGGGAUUAUUAUGGUACAUGUUCCAAUA